UUUAUAAAUGUCAAAAUAAAUAGUUGUUUCGUCUCGGUUAGUUUGUUUUCUUUUUGCUAUUUCAUUAAUUUACUUAAAAACUGAGUUAUUUCCAUGAGUAUUUCAAGACUUUCAUGUUUAAUGUAGAUCGAACGGUAGUGUUUUUAAUAAAAUGUGGGGACAAUAACAUUCGUUUAUAAGUUGUAAGUAUUGUGAGGGUAUUGCGAGAUGGCGGAGGUGCUCACUAUGGAAAUAGAAGUGGAGGAGCUGAAGGCAGGCGCGGGCGGCGCGGCGGCGGUGAAGCAGGAGCCGGGGGAGUGCGCGGCGUGCGGCGCGGCGGCGGGGGCGGGCGCGCUGGACGCCGCCGCCGCGCGCACGCCGUCCGGCGCCUCGCUGCUGGCCGUGCUGCUGCGGUACUGCCCCGCGCCCGCGACCCCCGCGCCCGCCCCCGCGCUCGCCUGCCCGCCCUGCGCCGAGCUCAUCCUGGUGCUGGACGGCGCGGAGCAGGAGUACCUGCGCCUGCGCCGCCGCUUCGAGCAGCUGCUGGCCGCUAACCCGCUGCUGGCGCCGCGCGCCCCCGCCCCGACCCCCGCCCCCGCCCCCCACGCCGCCCGGGUCAAGGACGAGCCCGAGCACGAGGCACCCGGGUAUCUCUCCUCCACAGACAUACACGAUGGGGACUCAGAGGAUGAACCUCUCGCAGUCACUAAGAAAAAAAGAGGAAGGCCCAGCAAAAAGAAAAGUAAUAGUUUGAACACAGAAAAGGUUAAAGUUAAGAAGAAAAGAGAUGUCUGGGAGUGCUCAAGGUGCGGCGUGUCCGGGGCGGGCGGGGAGAGCGGGCUGCAGGAGCACGUCGAGGCCACACACUCACUGAGAGCAGCGCUUAAGUUUGAAGAAGAUCUAAGCUUUGAUUCGCAGGAUUCUCACUUUGACAACGGGCUGGUGCUGGACGAGGACAUUAAGGUGGAGGUGGAGGAGAUGCGGCAUCCCCCCACCAGCCGCCGCGCCCCGCGCGCCCCCCCCACCCUGCGCGCGCCCCGCGCCCCCCGCGCCCCCGCCGCCCGGAACAAGACGCGCCAUCCCUGCGACCACUGCAACUCCACAUUCAGCUCUUUAGCCCGGCUGGAGCAACACCGGCGGCGGCACGCGGAGGGCCGCCCGCCCUACAUCUGCGAGGUGUGCGGCGCGCACUACAAGCACCGCCGCGCCUGCGACAUACACAUCGCCAUGCACAAAGGUAUAAGUGAUUGGAAAUGUGAAGAAUGCAACAAAUUGUUUCCUUCAAAAGGAGCUCUUCAGAGGCAUAAUAAUAUUCAUACUGGAAAACCUAAUUAUCAGUGCGACCUGUGCGGCAAGUCGUUCAUCCACACGUCGUCGUUCAAGAUGCACAAGCUGGCGCACUCUGGCGUGAAGCGGCACGCGUGCGGCGUGUGCGGGCUGGCGCUCAUGACGUCGUCGCACCUCAAGCGGCAUCUGCGCGUGCACUCCGGCGAGAAGCGCUACGAGUGCAACACGUGCGGGAAGAGGUUCUCCGAGCGGUACAACCUGGUGGCGCACGCCAAGUCCCACGAGGCUCCCCCCGCGGACGCCCCCGGCGCCCCCGCCCCCGCCCCCGCGCCCCGCAAGCACUACUUCCGCUGCCAGUUCUGCUCCGAGCGGUAUGAGCGACGUUACAUGUUGGAGCGGCACAUGACGGCGGCGCACGGGCGCGCGCUCGAGCGGCCCCCGCCGCGCCCGCGCAACACCAUGAGCAAGCUGCUCAAGGCGCAGGCCCGCGCCAAGAUACACGAGACGGUGAAGCAGAGCGACUCGCGGCCCGCGUCGCCGCCGCCGCCCGACAAGAUCAACAUACAGCUCGGCGCGGGCACGGUGGUGGGCGGCGCGUGGGCGAGCUUCCCGCCCGAGUACCCGCGCGCCGCGGACUUCACGCACUGACCGUAGACACACACACGCACACACACUCGCACACACACACACACACACACACACACACACACACACACGGCUGCGGAA